GAAAGACAAGUAUCAGAAAAAAGUUUUGAAGUACUAUGUGGAGUAUGAAGAACUUGACAGCGAUGCGGAAGUGGAAGAGGAGGAGGAGAAGGAAAAGGAGAAUGACGUGGUCAGCCGCAAUCCGGCCGACAGGAAGCUCAAUCGAACGCAGACGAAGCUCAACGAGCUGCCAGAGCAGCCCGCAACCUCUGAUAGUGAGGAUGAUGGAGGAAAGGAGAGAACUAAGAAGCUUACAGCCUAUCAGGAGGACUGUCUCAAUAAAGUGUCUGGCUUGCACGUACAGGAGCACAACAGCUUCAAAAAGUUUGGGGACUCGUUGUUGUCCAAAGCUUCAAAGCUGACGGAUGUGUUGUCCGACCUGGAAGCUUUCCUUGACGACGCCGGCAAAGCAUCGGAGCAGAAACGCCUCCGCACGUGUCUCCAGGGCUUGGAGCAAGCUAUCGGUUGCCUCAAUGCGGAGCACGAGAAAGUGGAAGCCGAGAAAGUCGAUGUCGCCGAGCUGAUGGACAAGGGGUUGCUGAAGAAGAUCAAGACACAAAUGGCCAGUUCCCGACUUGCGUGCAGCAAAGUCGCUGCGCAGGAGAACUCUGCUCGGCUGCUCAGCUGCAUAAAGACCUUGCUGAAGGCGUUGAACAAGGCUGCUGAGGAGAAGGACAGCUGUGGCCUGGAAAUCUUCCGGGUCUAUGGGCUCCAAGCAUCGCAGAACCGUGGAGGACGAGGGCUGCAAGCUCAAUGUUUCCGCGAGAACCACGGACCACCGUAUUACGUUUACAUUACCGGUGGUCGAGCGGAUCAGGGCAAAUGGGCAGCCUGCAAGCACACCAUCAGGGUGGCCCGGGCAGCGAUCAAGGACAACCCCAACGGCCAGUCAGGUGCCUUGCUGAAGUUCGCACAAGUUAGAUCAAAAGAUGCUGAAUCUGGAGCCCAUCGAAUCUUUCGAGCAAGUGGUCUUACUGUUACGAUCAACAUCGAUCGGCUUGUGCUAGGGGAUUCCCCCAGCUUGCAGAGCUUCCCGUUCAUCAAACUUUCAAAAUGGGUCACCUACCUGCUGGACCACCAGUGCUUGCACAAGCUCACAGGUGUUGUUGAGGAAAACAGGAUGGAGGAUGUUCUACUUGAGUUUUGGUCCCGGUACCAGGCAUUGUACCCGCAGCAUGACCUGUGGGACAAUGAAGACAUCGACUGGGCCCGAGCGAUCCCCGUCUACACCCAUACAGAUGAAGGCAGAACCUACAAAAAACGGCCGUUGCUUGUGAUCUCCACCCACGGCUGUCUUGGAUUGGGGACCCAACCACAGCGCCGGGCCCGACUGGAUGAUCCUACAUGGGAUGGGCAGGACAUCCCCUUGGAAGAGGAUGAGAUGGGAAUGAAUUUUAUUGGUGAGACUUGGGGUACUCACUUUAUCCAUGCCUCCAUGCUGAAAUCUGUUUCGGAUGCUCAGCCUGAGGCUUUGCCGAAGCUCAUGAAAGAGUAUGCAGCCGACUUGCAAACUCUUUGCACAACAGGUGUUACUGACAGCUGUGGGCAAAACCGGGUAUGGGUUGUACAUUGUGGUACGAAGGGUGACCUUUUGGCUUUGUCCAAGCUGGGAAGGUUUACGCGAGAUUACACUCGCAUGCCCCGGGCGGCUGAAUCGCAGCAGUUGGCAGUUGGUAUCUGCCAUCUUUGCAAAGCUGGCUGUGAGAUGGAGCCCCCGAAUCACAGCAUCCCUUUCGAAGAUGUUUCUUCAACGGCGGCCUGGCAUGACAGUAUGCACAAGGAAUACCCUUGGGAGCAGUUGCCCACCAUCCUUGAAGGGGUUCCCCGACCUGGGCCUGGUAUGGAAGCCUCGUUCUUUUGUGUGGACUUGUGGCACUGCUGGCACUAUGGGCUAGCAAAAGUCUUCGUUGCGAGUGUUUUGCUUGUUUUCCAGGAGUCACUGAUUCCUGGUGGCAGCAUCGACGCAAGACUAAAGUGGAUCAGCGACGACUACAAGAACUUUUGUGCAACACACAACUUUGCAGGCCAUGCCAUCGAGAUCAACAAGGAUACAAUGGGCUACAGCGGCUCGAGCUUUCCUUGUGGUCACUGGAGUAAGGGAGCUAUCAAUACCACAUUGAUGUACUACCUCAGGUUCCUUUGUGCCUGUUUGGGUGUCGGCAGCAACACACAGAACCCCCUCCACAGAACAAUCGAUUCCUGUAUUCGUUUAGUUGAGCUUUUACCAAGCUGUUUGCUGGUUUCGGUUUUAAUAUCUAUAUACAGAUUAUAG